UGAAAAAUAAAACCUAACAUCAGACCAACAUUUCAAAGAUAAGUCACAGCUUUAAAGAAAUCUUCCUCCUGUUCAUCACUAAAACUGCAUUUGUUUCAAUGAUAGGAAAACUUUACAUGGGUAGAUUUUGUGGAGUAUUUUAAAUUGUGCCUCUUUAACUUUAUUCAGAAUUUAUAUGGAUUUAACCAUGCAGUCGCUGAAGCAGUCACGUGGUUUUCAGGCGAACGAACGUCAUAGAUCACGUGCUUUUGGCAAAACGAAUCAAGCUCCGAUACAGCGCUUCAAUGUGAAAUGGGUUGUUUUUUUGACGUUGAACAUAACAUCGCUAAUAUUUAGCGCCUGCGAUGCGAAUUGUACCGGGGAACCUCGCCAAACAACGUGUAUCUUACCCCCCAGAACGCGAUUUUUACCGGGGGAGCCCCCUCGAAACGCGAAUCUGGGCGGGUUUUGUUGCGGACGCCUGGCAACCCUGGAGCGGAGAGUUAUUUGUGUUAUCGGAGUGAACGCGCUGCGGGUUUCAGGGGGUGUGUGAGAGCGUUGCGAGCGAGCGAGCGAGCGUUGAACGCCACAGCGGAGGCGAGCGAGGCGGACUCGGCGAACAUGGCAUCCGGCGAGACGCUGUACAUCGAGGCGGACGGCUCGGAGAUGCCCGCGGAGAUCGUGGAGCUGCACGAGAUCGAGGUGGAGACCAUCGAGACCACGGUGAUCGGCGACGAAGACGACGACGACGAGCAGCAGCCCAUGAUCGCGCUGCAGCCGCUGAUCACAGACGACCCGAGCCAGCUCCACCAGCACCAGGAGGUGAUCCUGGUCCAGACCCGCGAGGAGGUGGUCGGCGGCGACGAGUCGGAGCUCCGCGGGGAAGACGGCUUCGAGGAGCGGAUCCUCAUCCCGGUGCCCGCAGAGGAGCACUACAUCGGGCAGACGCUGCUCACGGUCGCGGGCAAGAGCUCCGCGGGGCGGCUGGGGAAGAGAGCGGCGUCAGGGGGCAAGAAAUCGGGCAAGAAGAGCUACCUGAGCGCGGCGGAGGCCUGCGGGAGGAAAUGGGAGCAGAAGCAGGUUCAGAUCAAGACUCUGGAGGGCGAGUUCUCCGUCACGAUGUGGGCUUCGGAUGACAAGAAGGACAUCGAUCAUGAGACGGUGGUGGAGGAGCAGAUCAUCGGGGAAAACUCUCCUCCGGAUUUUUCCGAGUACAUGACGGGAAAGAAGCUCCCGCCCGGCGGAAUCCCGGGAAUCGACCUGUCAGACCCGAAGCAGCUGGCAGAGUUCGCCAGAAUGAAGCCGAGGAAGAUCAAAGAGGAUGACGCGCCUCGGACGAUAGCCUGCCCGCACAAAGGCUGCAGUAAAAUGUUCAGGGAUAAUUCAGCCAUGAGGAAGCACCUGCACACUCACGGCCCGCGGGUCCACGUGUGCGCCGAGUGCGGGAAAGCCUUCGUGGAGAGCUCCAAACUCAAGCGCCAUCAGCUGGUUCACACCGGAGAGAAGCCCUUCCAGUGCACGUUCGAGGGCUGCGGGACGUUCUCUCUGGACUUUAACCUUCGGACGCACGUCCGGAUUCACACCGGGGACCGGCCCUACGUUUGCCCCUUCGACGGCUGCAAUAAAAAGUUUGCUCAGUCCACCAACCUCAAAUCACACAUUCUGACACACGCCAAAGCCAAAAACAACCAAUGAACUGCGGCGCGGCGUGUCCUCGAGCAUCUAGUUAUCUUACACGGACUCCAAGGAGGCUUCAUAACGCAGCUCCCAUCCACGGAUGAUGCUUUUUACCACAAAGACAACAAACCAGAACAUCGGGACUGUCGCUUCAUUCUUUUCCACUUUUACUUCGGUCUCUCUGGUCUUCAUAGAUAUAUAGCUUUUAAUUUUCUAUUUCUGCAAGUGUGCAUAUUGUACACUUAUUUUGGGGGUAAGCCUGUGAUCAUGAAUAAUGGCUGAGCGUUUCACAGACGGGGUGAUGAUAUUAGUUCCUGUGCGUUUCCUUCUUUCUCCUGUUGUUUUGUAUGGUUGUGACGGAACAGUAAUGAUCUGCUGGACGCUGCGGAUCCCGUCGACGUGUUGAUCUGCAUUUAGUCAUGAGUUGCUUUUGUCCUCUCGUAUCACACUUCAGUCGCACCACGGUAAACCGCAGUGUUCACUGGCGUUUUUUUUCUUUGUUAGAAUGUAUCGUAAAGGUCUAAACCAUGAACUAUCCUUUGUUAAUAUUUACACCUCACCUGUAUUUCAGCAAACUACAAUUAAAGAGGGAAAAAUCA